AUCGAUUUUCAUUCCACAGUGAGACAUCGUCGCGUUUACAACUCUCGAGCGGACGCUUGUCAGAAGUUAUUCGAAUAAAUUAUUAAUCGUGUGUCGGAAAACGAUCUGAAAUCACAUCUCUCUCUCUCUAUAUAGAUAUAUAUAACUCUUCAACGCGUUUGCUGAUCAAAUCUUGAAAACAACUUGCAACAUUUACGCAGUGAAUUAUGUAAAACGGAAACUGGAAAUUUAGAAUUCCAUGACGCCAUAUUUGUUUUUCAACCUGAUUGAACGACCGUGUUUUUGGUGCCUCUGAAGUCAUUUGGUGUCUCUCAGUGUGCGUCUGUGUGUGUGUGAGAGUGUUUGAGAAUCAGAGAAUCCAAAAUUAAAGGCGGAAGUGAGUGUUGCACUUGAAUAUCUUGUGAAGUGUGAAAACAACAAAAAAAUAUUAUUAAAUGUUGUUCAAAAAUAAGCAGAAAAAAUAAUAGCAAACCGAUGAUAUAGUAUCUAAACUACAUAGAUAUAUAUGGACGAUAUGGACGAGUGUGUGUGUGCCCUUGUUGGUGUUGUAGAACUGUAUGUGAAUGUGAAUGUGAAUGCGAUUGCCUUUGUGUGCGCGGGCAAGAAAUAUCCGCUUACCUAAGCGAAAAAAAAUUCUCUCCGCAACGGCUUAAGAACCACACACAGAUACAGACACAGACACACACACAGACACAUUGAUACGGAUACACACUCUCGCAGAGACUGAGAGGAGGCUAACACAGAAAGCCAAACCAGAAAAUCCACAUUGUUCGGUGUCUCGUUCCGCGCGCGCCUACGUUGUUGUCGUCGUCGUCGUCACCACAGAGAGCUACUACUACGUAACGUAAGCCGCCUGUCUAGUGUUGUUGUUGUUUUCAUUGUUGUUGUUGUUGUUCCACAAGAAUGGGUGACUCCACACCCAUUUGCCGCUGUCGGGUACUCUAUCUGGGCAGCGCUGUGCCCCGUCAGAGUAAGGAUGGCUUACAGGGCAUACAGGAACCAUUGCGUAGCCUUUAUCCAUCGGAAGGAGCUGUCGGCGCCAAGGGUAUCGACAGUUGGCUUAGCGUCUGGUCCAAUGGCAUUCUUUUGGAGAAUGUGGACGAGAAUCUGAAGCAGAUUACACGUUUCUUUCCUAUCGAAUCGCUGCAUUAUUGCGCCGCCGUGCGGCAAGUCCUCAUACCCGAACGUGGCAAUGCUCAUCCGGAGCCAAAGUUCUUACCCUUGGAUUCACCAUUCGCCCGCAUGCCGCGUGCCCAGCAUCCGCCCAUAUUUGCAGCGAUCCUGCGCAGAACCACCGGCAUCAAGGUACUUGAGUGCCACGUCUUCAUUUGCAAGCGGGAGGCGGCAGCUAAUGCCCUAGUCAGAUGCUGUUUCCAUGCCUAUGCGGACAAUUCGUAUGCCCGCCAGUUGGAGACCAGCAGCACGGCCGGAGGUGGCAGCAGUGUGUAUGGCACAUUGAAAAGCGGCGCCGGUAGCAAAUCGAAUGGCGAUCUAACCACAGUUGGCCUAACCAAUGGCAAUGGCAGUCAUCAUUUGCCACUGUCCGCUCAAGGAGGCUGGAGAUCGAGAGCCGGCAGCACCACAACAUUGAAUAGCUUGGGUCGCACAUCGAAUGGACAUGUCCACAAUGGUUCUGGCUUGGGCAUUAAUGGCGGCAGUACGGGCAGUGCUGCCGAGGGCUAUACGUCCGUCAAGAACUUUUAUGGGAGUAGCGCAGAUCUAAAUGUGACAGUGGAUGAUGGCGAGGUUUCGCUUUAUAAUGGCGAUGAGAAUCAUAAGGUGUGGAGCGGUUCACAGGAUCAAUUGGAUAGCAUUGGAGCUGUCGAGAGUCCCUAUGAGGUGUUCUCUGGCAACAACUCUACGCUGGGUAGGCCACUGCGUGCCCGUCAAAUAAGCACACCCAUUGAAGUGCCACCGCCACCCGUUAAAGAGGAACGUAAGAAUAAACGGGACAAAAAGUCAUCCAAGUCGAGCGGCAGCCAAUCGCUGUCUGGAACUCUAAUUAGACCAAAGCCCAUGCAUCCGGCAGCAAUGCAUCGCUCUGGAAUGCAACAAGGACAUCCAGGACCAGGUAGCGUUAUAUAUGGCCCUGUAGCUGGACACGGUCCGCAUCCGUCACGGUAUCACACCAUCAGUCAUCGUGGUUUCCCUGCUGGUCCGCCCACACCCAAUGGACAUAUGGGGCAUCACCUGCCACCGCAUCCACAUCAGCAUCAUAUGAUGCAUCAUGGCCCACCACCACAUAUGGGUGGCAUGCCGCCAUUGCAGAUUCCAGUGAUGUUGCCGCAGCAGUAUGCCACGCUGCAGCCGUCGCGUUCGACCAGCAAAAAGAAGAAGAAGGACAAAAAGAAUGGAGGAGGUGGCGUACCAGUUGGCAUGCCCAUAGUACCACCAAUCUACGCCUAUCACCAGCAGCAAGCCAUGGGCGGAAUACCUCCACCACCGAUGGCCCAAUCGGUUAUCGGAGAGCCGCGUCCCCUGAGCAUGUCCAGUCGCAAAAUGGCCGCAUCCAUGGGCAAUGGCCUGGAUGAUUCGGGCAAUUCGGGUGCCGAAUCCCCAUCCCCAGGUGGCACAGGCAUCUAUAAGCGCAAAGGACACUUGAACGAGCGAGCAUUCAGCUAUUCUAUACGCCAGGAGCAUCGUAGCCGUAGUCAUGGUUCACUGGCCAGUUUACAGUUCAACCCGCCGGACAUAAAGAAGGAACGUGAAAUUGCCCAAAUGGUGGCAGGUCUCGAUCUAAACGAUGGCGAACGGCCAAUGGGACCGAAUACUCUGCAACGCAAGCACAUGGCAAUGGCGAAUGGUCCGGGACCUGUACAGCAUCCACAUGCCCAUCCAAUUCCUCAUCCGCAUGCCAUCUAUGGACCAAUUGGCCCUUCCAGCAGCUUUGGCAAGCCACGCAGAUAAAAACAAAAAGGACAAAAUACUCCCAUUCACCAUUAAUCUAUCUAUCUAUAUACAUAUAUAUAUAUAUACACAAACUUUUAGCGAUGCUGGUCAAAUUAGAAGAAAAGGAUUCAAGCAAUUAGAACUUGCAACAGAAUGAAGAAUGCAGCAGGACCAGCAAAAAAAAGGUCUGAAGGGAA